AUGGAUGCCUCAGAUCGCCGUAGGAUAAUUGUUGGCAUUGAUUUCGGUACCACUUUCACGGGUAUCGGAUGGGCUGAAAGCGAAAGAAACAACGGACAACAAGUAUUAAUUAAUGACUGGCCGAGUAGUCGUGAGAGCCAAGGAGGGUCAAGCUCCCCCAAAGCUCCCACGAAGUUGAGAUAUCUGGAUAGCGGCGAAAUUGAGUGGGGCUUUCAAAUCCCUGAUGACGCCCAACCACGAGAUAUCUUGUCAUUAUUCAAGCUUGGACUUGAGAUUGAUCGGUAUAGAAAUUCUGUUGAUGUGAUCGGAAAAUCCCUCGACUUUGACAAUGUUGACCAAAACAUUACUGAUUACCUUGCGGGAGUCUUUGAGUACUUUAUGAAAGUUAUGCAAAGACAAAUCGGAAAUGGCCUGCUUCACAACAGUACCCUUCAUUUUGUCUUAACUGUCCCGGCUAUUUGGGGAGAGGCAGCCAGACAAAGAACGACUAAAGCAUUCGAGCGAAUUCCUAAUCUUCCUAAAGAUCAUUUGACAACCCUUUUCUCGGAGCCCGAAGCUGCCGCCACUGCCGCGCUCCGAGAUCUCAAUAACCACGACCUGAGAGUCAACGACUCUUUUGUAGUUGUUGAUGCUGGUGGUGGCACAGUAGACCUUAUUACUUAUACCAUCACUUCCCUCUUCCCGGGACUUGAGGUUGCCGAAGCUACUGAGGGGACUGGCGAUUUCUGCGGCUCGUCACGUCUCAAUGAUCGAUUUAUCCAGUUUCUGACGUCCAGGCUUGGACGCGAGGAUGGCUGGGACGAUGAAGUAUUACACGGAGCCGUCGAAAAUUUCGAGGGGGACGUGAAACGUAAAUUCGACAUGAGCGCUUUAGCACGAAACAGAGAAUUCUACGUACCUGUUCCAGGAUUGGGUCUUAAUCCAGACGUAGGGAUCCAUCGAACAGGUCGUCUUACACUCAAGGCCGACGAAGUACACUUAUUCUUCGAGCCUGACAUGAUAAAAAUCAUCCAGUUAGUGAAAGAUCAAAUAGCUAUGGCCGCUGUACCUAUUCAGAAGAUCCUUCUAGUUGGCGGUUACGGCGCCUCUAUAUAUCUCAGAGAGAGAAUACAAGUUGCGGUUCGAGAGGACUCCUCCAUCGUAAAUGAAAUUGAAGUUUUACAGCCUCCAAACUCCUGGGCUUCAAUUGUCAGAGGUGCUGUGAUGAAAGGCCUAUCUCUAGCCAACCCGGUAAAUUACGACGUGCCAAUCGUCAAGACAAGAACUGCUCGAAAGCACUACGGCUAUUCGUGCGGGAGACCAUUUGAUCCUCGCAAACACGAAUCAUUACGCUCAAGAAAGUACUGGGAUGGUUUGACAGGCUGCUGGAGAGUGAAGGUAAUGGAUUGGAUCAUCAAACGAGGCGAACCCGUCUCGGAAAAUGAACCCUUCCUACGGACAUAUUAUCAUGCACAGCCGGUAGUUCUUGGCCGGCCCAACUCAAUUACAUCAAACAUCUACUCUGACCAGGUGUCCAGCGUAGCACCAUUAUCAAAAGACAAGAACGUAAAGCUUCUCUGCCGUGUGACCGCAAACCUUCAUCACAUUCCUGAGAACGAAUUAGAAAAGACAUUGGGAGUCGAUGAAAUGAUGUAUUAUCAGCUUGAAUACCAGAUUGAAUCGAUCUACCAGUCUGCUUCGACCGAAUAUACUCUCAUCUACAAAGGCAAGUAUUCCUCACCACCUGAGGUCUUUAGUCCAUUGCUAACAGUCCCAUUAGGCCAGCGACAUGGCACCGUAACUGCGGAGUAUGUGUAG